CAUUGACUUGUAUUGGUUUUGUGUCCAAACAGUAGAAGUUAAUGGGUACCACCAUUUUUUGGUUUACAACAUUCUUCAUAAUGUCUUUUUAUGUGAAAGUCAUACAGGUUUGAAAUUACAAGGGGGUGAGUUAAUGAUGACAGAGUGUUCAGUUUUGGGUGAAAUAACCCACACGAUUUCAUUAUUAUUUCAUUAUUGCUGAUUAUUGACUUACACCGUAUCAUCCAUGAUGUUUGUCUUUCUUCAGUUGAAGAAAAAUUUAGGUUUUUAUCGUAAUUUUCUCCAUGUAAUGCAAUUCAGCUGAGGCCAUUGUGUUCGAAGAUCAAAAAUACAGUUUCAGUGCAGCCUUCAGUAAAUUACUCAGUUGAUGACUGGUAUAAUAGUAGACAGUGAUUAAAAAGCUGAGCUGAAACUUUAUUUUUGACUUUCAAAAUAAUGGUCCCUGUAAAAAGGAAUCCAUAAACUUAAAGUAAUUAAAUAUUGUGUGACAUUGGGGUGAGUAAAUAAUCAGUUAAAUUUGGCAGAGUAAUCCAUUAUUAAAAAAUGUGGGGGUGUUACUUUAAUAAUAAAAAAAAACAAAGAUAUGUUUAUACAGUGUAUGUACCUGUAGAAAUUGUUUUACAUAACAGAUAUGUUCACGGUUGUCGAAUUUAUUGAAACCCACGAGGUGGAGCUGGUCCCAGCCAUGUGGGUAGAGAAUGGAGAGUGAUGUUGGCCUAAUUCUCUAAGAGGCAUGGCCCUACACCAGGCCAUCAAAAACCAGAUGGCUCCUCAUCUUGACUGGGACCGAUGGGAUGUCCGAACAAUGUUUUCAACAGACAGCUAUGAGGAGGGCAGGAAGAAGGCCAAAGAGGCGGAGACCUGGUCAGACCUCCAGACAGAUGCAGAAGUAUCUGGGAAAAGACUACCAAGGCGUAAAACGAAGAGUGUACGGAUUGGCCCUCCUGGAGGUCAUGCUCGUUGUUCCUUGGACUCAGAGGAUGAGUAUUCCCCACCAACUAAACAAAUUCAUCCACCGGCCCCCAUCAUAAACUUUCCUACAGUCACCCCAGCCACCACUUUACCAGCAGAAGCACGAGCAACACCACAUGACUCCUUCACAGAGAUGCUGCAGAACUGGGAGCCAAUGGACGAAAUUCCACGGUGUCAGACAUCCCGAGGAACGCCCCAGCAAUCUUCAGAAACAGCCAUGCUCAGGGAGGUAUUAACUAAAUUAGAGAUGGUCUUGGACCAACAAACAACUAUCCUGAGAUUGCUGCAGCUGCGGGAGGUUCAAGUGCAACCUUUCGAUAUUGAGGAAAGUUCUCUGCCCCUCAAAGACCUUCCUCACCUGCAUAGUCUGGAGGAAAGAAUGCAACAGAGCCCGGAAUACAAGCAAAAACUAGUGAACUGGUUGGGGCUAAUUGGCGGGACAGAUGUGCGUGACUGCACCUGGCGCAUACUGAAAAGGGUGAUAGCCAACUCACUGGCAAAAAACCUCAAUUGGAGAGGAGUCAAUGGAAAGACAUCGCUUAUGUUUUUUUAA